UUUCUGAAUUUUAUAUGGCAUCUCGCGCACCACGAGCACGGCAUCCUCAGGUAUAAACAAACACGAACCAUUCGCCAGUCUCCACACCAAUGGAUUUCCUCACAAUUGUUCUAGGAUUAUUGUUUACCCUCGUCUUGGUCCAUGGCCUCCAAACGCUUUCCGCCAGGGCCAAAAAGCUUCCGCCGGGGCCGACGCCACUGCCCCUCAUUGGCAGCCUCCACUUGCUUGGAGAUCAGCCCCACCAAUCCCUCGCCAAGCUUGCCAAGACCCAUGGCCCCCUCAUGUGCCUCCGCCUUGGCUUCAUAAACACGGUGGUGGUUUCCUCCGCUGCCAUGGCUAAGGAAGUCUUGCAAAAGCAGGAUCUUGUUUUUUCCAGCCGGACUAUCCCGGAUGCCAUCCAUGCCCACGACCAGUUCAAGUACUCCGUCGUCUGGCUCCCCGUGGCGUCUAGGUGGCGCAGCCUCCGGAAAGUGUUGAACUCCAACAUAUUUUCUGGCAGCCGCCUCGAUGCCAACCAGCACCUCAGAUGUAGAAAGGUGCAGGAGCUCAUCGCUUAUUGCCGGAAAAAUAGUCAGACAGGUGAACCGGUGGAUGUCGGCCGCGCGGCUUUCCGGACGUCCUUGAAUUUGCUGUCCAACACCAUUUUCUCCAAGGAUUUAACUGACCCUUUUUCGGAUUCCGCGAAAGAAUUCAAAGACCUCGUGUGGAACAUCAUGGUGGAGGCGGGCAAGCCCAACCUGGUGGAUUUCUUUCCUAUGCUUGAGAAGUUGGACCCACAAGGAAUACGGCGACGCAUGACUAUUCAUUUCGGGAAGGUGAUUGAUCUUUUCAGUGGUUUGAUCAAUGAAAGGUUGGAAAAAGGAAAGACUCAGAAUGCUGGAAACAGUGAUGUCAUUGAUAUCCUCCUCGCCACCAGCAAAGAGAACCCCGAAGAGAUUGACCGAGUUCACAUCGAACGCAUGUGCCUGGACCUAUUUGUUGCUGGAACAGAUACAACUUCGAGCACCCUAGAGUGGGCUAUGGCGGAGGCGCUCAAGAAUCCGGAGACCGUGAAGAAAGCCAAAGCUGAGCUUGAGGAAGUAAUCGGGAAAGGCAAAGUAUUAGACGAAGCAGACAUCUCUCGCCUACCUUAUCUGCGCUGCAUGGUGAAGGAGACUCUCAGAAUCCACCCGCCUGUGCCGUUCCUGAUUCCACGCAGGGUGGACCAGGACGUGGAGGUGUGUGGCUACACAGUCCCCAAGAACUCGCAAGUGUUCGUGAACGCCUGGGCUAUCGGCAGGGACCCCGACGUCUGGAAGGAUCCCCUGGAAUUCAAACCGGAGAGGUUCCUGGAAUCUGAAUUAGAUAUGAGGGGAAGAGAUUUUGAGCUGAUUCCAUUCGGCGCCGGGAGGAGGAUUUGCCCUGGAUUGCCUCUCGCUGUCAGGAUGGUGCCCGUCAUGCUGGGAUCGCUGUUGAAUUCGUUUGAUUGGAAGCUCGAGAAUGGAAUUGGACCCAAGGAGCUGGACAUGGACGAGAAGUUUGGCAUCACGUUGCAAAAGGCUCGUCCCCUUCGGGCUGUCCCCCUCCCACUCUAAAAUUUCUGUAUGUGUAUCAGAUGUCAAAAUAUUGAUAAAGCCAGACAAGGAAUAAAAAUUUAUCUUUGGUUUUGUUGGUUAUA